UUCAGCAUUCCACGCGCUCGGCCGGAGGCUAGCCAAUGGCUGCCGGCGGGGCGAGCGUGUUUCUCUUCCGGUUCGGCGCAGGAAGUGACGGUCGCCGUUGGAAACGCGGCCGGGGCGGGAGGCUGGAGGCAGGCAAAGAUGGGCCGCAGGAAGUCAAAGCGGAAGCCCCCACCCAAGAAGAAGAUGACGGGCACCCUGGAGACGCAGUUCACCUGCCCCUUCUGUAACCACGAGAAGUCCUGCGAUGUCAAAAUGGACCGGGCUCGGAACACUGGCGUAAUAUCAUGUACUGUCUGUCUGGAAGAAUUUCAGACUCCCAUAACGUAUCUUUCAGAACCGGUGGACGUGUACAGUGAUUGGAUAGACGCUUGUGAGGCGGCCAAUCAGUAGCAGCAAGGGGGCAGGAAGCUCAUUUGUGCUAAUUCUGGAUAUUACAGUAUUUUGUACUUGGAAAAAAAUGUACUGGUUCCAUAACAUGAGAUGAUCGGGAGCUUUGGAGAAGGUGGCUGGGUUUUUUAUUAGCUUUUCCAUCCAAGGAUCUUUUUAUAGCGGUUGUUCCUUUUUGUGAAUUACCCUGGGGCCAAUUUAGAUCCUUGCGCAUGUAACACGGUUAAGGGAUGAUUUGGAAAUGCUGCCCUAGUUAAGCCGGGGAGGAGAGGAACAUUUUGUUUUGCUCAGCCCGGCAGUUUGAAAGUUCACAAGAUAAGAAACGACUUGUCACCAUGAUUAAAUGGCAACAGUUAAUUUAAAAAAAAAAAAAAAAAGUCCGUUACUAAUCCUGGUCUGGCCAAGCCGUGUCCUUUUGCAAUGCUGGCUGGAUCCCUGUUGGAAGAGGCUAUUUCUUGGCUUCCACCCUGCUUUGAAUAACAGUUGAAAUGUUGAUGCAGAGGCAGUUUUGUUUAGUGGUUAGAGCAGGGCAACAGGUUGUCUGGAGCCCUGGGUUCUUUUCCUGUGACUUCCACCAGCUUCCAGUGUGAUCCUGGGCAAGUCGCUUCCCCACUUAGCACCUCAGUUUCUCCCUCUAAAUCAGAGUGAAUAACAUUCUGACCUUUGUAAAGUGCUUUGAGAUCUUUGGCCACAAAGUGUGCUAGAAAUGUAAGAUGAACAAUGAAAUACUGUAGAACCUCCUUCCUUCAGUCCCAGUUCUGGAUAUUGGUUUUUGGCUAGCUCUGUUCAGCAGACUCAUUGGCACAGAAAAGUCCCUAUCCGACACAUUUAACUUUGACUUACUUAAACGGGCACUGCUGUACUUGCUUUCCAUAGUCCAGUGUGGGGUAAACUGGUUUGAAUGAGCCAUUAGUCAGAAAACAGGACAAUCACUGACACAGACGACUGCUUUUCUCAGACGGGUCCCCCUGCAGCAGUAGGCUCAGAUUUGCUCAUUUGUCUCUUAAUCAAAAUACAGCAAAACUUCAGUACUGGAGAGUGGGAAGUGAAUCGGGCUGCAGUGUUGGAGAAGUGGGGGAGAUGCUGGGGUGAGGGGAAGGGAGACAGGCUUCUGUGGCAUGGAAGCUAUCAGAUAAUAGCUUUUGUUACUAUGCUUUCUUGAGUCCAGUCAUGAUGGCAAGUGUGUUUUACCUUCUGAACAUCCAGACGCUAGACUGAGCAAAAUCUCUGCUACUUUGGCUUGCAGAGCCAUUUGGUGGUCACUGCUCUGAUUUAUUUUUGGGAUAACUUCACUCUCUCUUAGAUUCAGAACGUUUGGCUCUGUUCUGGUGCGACAGUUACUCAGGGUCUCGCAAGAGGCAAUCGCUCGGCCGUUGGCGCCGCUGAGGAUUUAAGGUGGUGGCAGAUCCCUGGCUGAACUGAUUUUGGGCCUGUAGUGAAUGGGCAGGGGAUUGUUUGCAAAGGAGGGGUGUGAAUCAGAGUGAGAGAAGGGAGGGAAGGAUGGGCUAAAUUAGCCACCUUGGCCUCCCUUGGCUUUUACCGGCUGCUUUUAACUUAAGGAAAUUCUUAUUGCAUCAAGAGGUUUCCUUGGAUCUUCCUGGAUGGUACCAGCAGCACCUUGAGCUCCUUCCUGGACACUGAUUACUAGCCCCUGCCUUGGGAAGCUACAUGAGCUGGGGAUUAAGCUGUUUUGAAUUCCAGGCUGGGUUUGGACACUUUUCCCUGUGUGUGGAUGCAAAGAAGGGUGUAGCAAGCAGCAGUCCUGGUUUUGUUUGAGGUUUGUUUUGCAAGGGGGGCUAUUUAGAAACAGUUUGUAGUGGUAGAAUGUCCCUUUAAUAAAUGCCAUUACAGGGGGAA